AUAGAUAGUGGUCGGGACAUCUAUGACUCUACAUUGCAGCAAAUAUUACAUGUGCUUUGCUUGAUUUCACAUUUCUCCUGGGGAGUCUUUCAUUAACAUCAUACAUCCAAAAUAAUGCCUAGCAAUAUUCAUCAUUUACUAACUUACAAGUAUUAACCAUGGAUUUCUGCGUCCCUUCAGCACUGUCCAGUACGACAAAGUCAGAUAUCCCAACUGUCGGCACCAGCUCCACCGUUGAUGCAGAGGUAGCAAAUUUUCUGAAGCAGAACCCAAACCUGCACCUGGGUGGACAAGACGACUUCACCUUCUCCGCUGGCCGUAGCCCGCACGGCACAAUUCAAAUUCGUCGCUUCUACCCAAAAUCAGGCCAUGACCUGCGCAAGAAGAAUGAAUCCGCUGCCUUGAUCUACUUUCAUGGAGGAGGCUACACUGUUGGCAGCGUGGAUGAAUUUGAGAACGGCCUGAGAAUCGUUGCUGAAGAAAGUGGCGCUGUCAUUAUUGGAGUCGAGUAUCGACUUGCACCAGAAUGGAGCUUCCCGGUCCAGCUGGAUGAGUAUGAUGCAGUAAUCUGUUGGUUUAAAGGGAAUGAAGGGAAGAAACGAGGUAUUAGCUCUGAGAAGAUUUGUGGGGGCGGUGACUCUGCUGGUGGAAACAUGACUGCCGCUGUCACUCUACGAAGAAAAGAUAACGGAAAGAAACCAUUGAAGGCACAGCUCCUUUUUCACCGCUAUAUCUCACCGGGAAUGCAGAAGCCAGAAAACUUGAAGGACCCACCACCUGCGGCUGUUUUCACCUGUGUCUUUGACCCUCUCCGGGAUGUUGGGGUAGAAUAUGCGCAUCUUCUUCAGGAAGCGGAAAACACUGUCCAUUGGAGCCAUUUUGACAGCUUGACACAUGGGUUUCUGCAGUUUGCGCCGUGGAGUGAAGAGGCAAUGAAGGCUACGAAGUUGGUUGGGGUGGAGUUGAAGAGCUUGACUGAGAACCAAGUGUUUGGGUAUCCUAUCCCCCCCCAAACCAGUUAAAUGAGUUUGUGUACAUAAUAUAUUCCAUUGAAGCACAUUAAACAUCGGCCCAACUUAUCUAGCAUUCAUCCUUUGACCCAGUCCUUGAAUUUUGACCAUCUCUUCUUCUUACCCUCACUCGUCGUGUUACUUGUAUCUAAAAUCUGCUGAACACUCCCCGCGUCUUGGCUGGAAGGGCCAACACUUGGGACAGUAAUGGGUGUCGUCUGACUCACAAUUGAGCCAGUUGCUGAAGUCUGGUGGUUGGUUGGAAUUUCAGCCGCACUUUGAGAUUUCUGGGCAUGG